AUGGUACGCAGUCCUCGUUCACAAGCAUGUCGGGCAUAUACUCACAAGCAACUCUAGCCUCCGCGACGAAAGCAGCCCGCCGCCGCCGCAGCAAAACCACCCGCGAAACGGCGUUCCAAACUCGCCAAAGACAGCUCCAUCACCGCGGAGCAAGAAGCCGAAAUCCAAGACGCCUUUGCCCUCUUUUCCACCCCCAACGAGGAAUUCCAAGAUUCCAAAGACGGCGUCAUAGCCACCAACGACGUCCGUCGAUGUCUCAUCGCCCUCAACCUCCCUCCACGCGACCAGAAAGAACUGCGCGCGUUCAUUGAGAUUGCGGAUCCGGAGGGAACGGGAUGGGUACCCUACAGUCGCUUUGUGUUCAUCGCCGCGGCGCAGAUGAAUAAUCAGGACGACGGGGACGAGGAUGCGAGGCGGGAGGAAGUCGCAAAGGCGUUUCGGCUUUUCACGCGGGGAGAGGAGAGAUUGAUUACGCUUACGGAUCUGAGGAGGAUCGCGAAGGACUUGAGGGAGGAUGUGCCGGAGAGUGUGAUGAAGGACAUGUUGCGCGAGGCGACUGGCGGAGGGCUUGGGGGUGUCAGUACGGAGGAAUUCGAGGGCGUGAUGAGGAGGGCAGGUGUCUUUGGAUGA